AUGGCUGGUAACCCCGAUUGGAACCCUCUUGACGAGGAAGAAGAAGUCAACCCUUUUUCUAGUCCUACACAUUAUUCACACUCAAGGCUUCCAGCUCUUAUUCCUGAACCUGCCAGCUACAACUAUGAUCGCAAUCCAGCCAUUGACAUUACUCUUGAUAAAGCAACGAAUUUAAAGCAGAAAGAGAGAGAACUCAAGGCCAAGGAAGCUGAAAUCAGGAGGGAGGAGGAAGUUAAAAGGAAAGAAGAAGCUCUAGCACGAGCUGGAGUUUUUCUAGACGUGAGCAAUUGGCCACCAUUUUUCCCAAUCAUUCACCACGAUAUUGCAAAUGAGAUACCAGAUUAUCUACAACGAAUGCAAUAUGUAGCUUUCUUGACAUUGUUAGGAUUGGUGCUGUGCCUUUUCUGGAAUAUCUUAGCUGUUUAUGCAGCAAGCAUCAAAGGGAAAGGCAUAAAUAUCUUGUUCCUCGCCUUCAUUUAUUUCAUGCUAGGGGUACCAGGAGCCUAUAUAUUGUGGUAUCAUCCACUUUAUCGUGAUUGCAGGAAAGACAGUGCGUUUAAAUUUGGAUCGUUUUUCAUAUUUUAUAUGAUACAUAUCUGCUUCUGCCACUAUGCUAUGGUUGCUCCUCCUAUAAUUUAUCAUGGGUUAUCAUUAACGGGAGUCUUGAGUGCAGUGUAUCUUACUACAGACGGCUAUGCUUUUGUUGGUAACCUCUACUUCAUUGGGCUCGGAUUAUUCUUUGUUGAGUCACUGUUAAGCAUCUGGGUCCUAGAGAGAGCAUACAGAUACUUCCGUGGCACUGGUAAGGCUGCAAAGGCAAAUUACCCAAUCUACUAAAGGAACCAGAUUAAGACUCCUGAGAUUGCUUGUAAGAAGGAGAUGUAAAUUGAUAUGACCUGACAGCUUGCUAUUUUGCUGCAAAAAUU